CCUCCGAUCGGUGUAUGACUCAACUCGGACUUAAGGUUGGAAGACGAGGGCUAUGCCAGUUUACGUCGAGAUUUCCACUGGAGUCUUGAGCUUCAAGCAUGCGUGUUCGCGCGAACCGUCAGUAGGGCUAGGGGUAUAUGAGUGAGCAGUCUUGAGUCGUUUCAUCGUAACCUCGAAUUCUCAUGUCGUCAACAUCACAGCUAGUUAUUGGACAUUCCACCAGAGACUUUGAUCUAUCCACACUGAACCUUUCCUACGAAUAGCUGUAUAGGCGAUCGGAUCUUCCGUCCUUCUCCAUCAAGACGACGUCGUCCAAGGCAAUAUACUUUCUUGACCAAGUCCAACAAAGCCUUCAUCAUGCCCACCCUCUCUCCGCGAAUGACAAACGGAACUGAGGUCACGAACUUUGUUACCUGUCACCAUGACACGUACGAGUUGAUCUCACCGACCCAUGCGGAUCUAUCUAGGAAGUCAAUGCUCAUUACAGGCGCGUCCAAGGGCGUGGGCAAGACAACUGCUGUCCGCUUCGCCAUGGCCGGCUGCUCCAAAAUCGCCUUAGUGGCACGGUCCUCUCUUGCUGAGGUCGAGAAGGAAGUCAAGGCUGCUGCUAUGAACGCAGGGCAUCCUGAGCCUCACGUUCUCUCGCUAAACGUCGAUGUCACUUUGGAGGACCAGGUUCGAGACGCUGCCAGCACAGUGGGUCAAGCGUUCGGAGGGAGUCUGGACGUGCUGAUCGCCAACGCCGGAUACCUGGACGGGUGGAAACUGAUUACUGAGUCAGAUUCGGCGCCUUGGUGGACGACAUGGGAGGUCAAUGUCAAGGGCACCUACCUCUUCGCCAAAUACUUCAUACCGCUGGUGCUGCAGUCUUCGCUCAAGACUUUCAUGACACUUUCAAGCAUCGGUGCCCAGUGGAUACACCCGUCGGCCUCGUCUUAUCAAACGGCCAAGUUUGCCAUCUGUCGUUUCACCGAAUUCAUCGACCAGGAGUACCACACCCAGGGGCUGAUUGCCGUUGCGGUUCAUCCAGGCGGAGUCAGGACAGAGCUCGCAACCAACAUGCCCGAAGAUUUGCACAAGUAUUUGGUUGAUACUCCCGAGGUUGCUGCUGAUGCCAUGCUGUGGCUGGCAAAGGAGAGGAAGGAGUGGCUUGCCGGGAGAUUUUUCUCGUGCAAUUGGGAUGUGAAGGAAUUGGAAGAGCGGAAAGACGAGAUCGUCGAGCAGGGUUUGUUGAAAUUUCGGAUGAGAAUCUGAUGCAAGAAUAAGAACGGCUACAUGGAGAAGGACUCGGAGAUCCUUCUCAAGAUAGGGGCUUCUACCACGCGGCCUGCCCUGGUCCUAGUACUUCAGUGUCUUCAUGAAUGUCUAGUAGUGUUCAGGAACCGAAAUAGUGCAGGGAAAUCAGAAUCUAGUAAUCAGAAUCUAGUAAUAAC